UUUCUAAAUACCCUUUGUAAAUGGAGGAAACAGUAAGAGAGAAAGCAGGUAGUCGUCAAGGAAAAUACCCUAAUAUAGAGCAGAUGCCAGAUCUGAAGGACUUCUUAACUAAAAUCAAGCUAAAUUUUCAAUUACCAGGCUUGAAAUAAAGAGAAGCCAAUCUCUAUUUCUAAAAAUCACCCAUAUUUAGCAGUUUUAUCCCCAGUUAUGAAUGGAAGGAAUUCUAGGAGGACAAAUCGUUCUAAACGGAGAAAACCCAGGCUGAAUCCUCACCAUAGUCUUUGUCCUCGGCCUAUAACUGGAGUUUCAACCUACUACAGAGCUACUGAUGGGAACAAAUAAUAAUUUUAUCAUGAAGAGAGCUAAGAAUUUGCUUAAAUAAGAACAAAUUACUAGGUCAGAAAGAAUUGACAAGUUUUAACGAAUCAUGAAACCCGUUCAGUCCAGUAAGUGGCAUGGACUCUAACAUGGUGUCCUUUACUAAGAGUUUCCUCCUCAAUGGAGAUUACUCGAAGAGAUCUACCUCUCCUACUCAUAAAGGAAAAGUCAGGUUCUUUACAAGACCUCAGAAAGCAAAAGAAUUUGAGGAGGAGUUUAAGAAGCAAUUUCUGAAAUACAAGCUUAAUGAAAACAAAAUGGUUAAGAAGCUCAAUAUUAGAUACAAAAGGAAGGACAAAGUAGCCCCAAGGGUUGUCCUUAACAAGAGUGUCCUCUAAGUUGCAGUACAACUCUCGGUGAUAAUAAAUUUUCUUUAUUGGUCCUUCAAGGAAUACCCAAAAUGUUUGAUUAACUGUAAUUUUUUAUUCAAAAAUUC